UCCAGCGAGCACCAGCUGCUCGGCGCUCCGCUGCCUCCUGCCCGGCUCCGCUCCGCGCCCCGCCGGCCUCCCCACCGCUACCCCGCUCCGACUCGGGCACCCCCUGCUCACCCACACCCGCCGCUGCCUGCCCCGCAGCCGGGAAGGGGAGAAGGAAGCAGAGGGAGGAGAAAAGGCAGCGACAAUAACAGCCCCCCUCCCCCUCCCCAUUCAAAAACACAAAAUAAACCCUGGGGAUAGAUGAACUACAAAUGAGAAAGAGGAAAAGAUGGAACUGCACAUCCUAGAGCACAGGCUCAGAGUGGCCAGCAUAGCCAAGGAGAGCAUCCAGUUGUUUACCUAUGGAUUAAUCAAACUUGCUUUCCUGUCCUCUAAGACGAGGUGCAAGUUCUUCAGCCUCACAGAAACCCCAGAGGACUACACCAUCAUUGUGGAUGAAGAGGGCUUCCUAGAGCUUCCUUCCUCGGAACACUUGAGCGUGGCUGAUGCGACAUGGCUUGCCCUCAACGUGGUGUCUGGUGGAGGUGGCUUCUCUGGCUCCCAGCCCAUCGGAGUGACCAAAAUUGCCAAGUCAGUAAUAGCACCACUAGCUGACCAAAACAUCUCAGUGUUCAUGCUCUCCACCUAUCAGACGGACUUCAUCCUGGUACGUGAGCGAGACCUGCCCUUCGUGAUGCACACACUGGCUGCUGAGUUCACCAUCCUCAGAGUAGUGAAUGGGGAGACAGUGGCUGCUGAUGACCUUGGGAUAACAAAUGGAUUUGUCAAACCAAAACUAGUUCAGAGGCCUGUCAUUCAUCCCCUUUCCAGUCCGAGUAAUAUGUUCUGCGUCACCAGCCUGGAUCCAGAUACCCUUCCUACUGUUGCUACACUACUAAUGGAUGUCAUGUUUUACUCCAAUGGAGUAAAAGAAUCAGUGGUGGGCAAUGAAGACUCGGGACACAUUCGCUUUUUCUCCUUUUCUCUCAUCGAGGGUUACAUCUCCUUGGUCAUGGAUGUCCAGACACAGCAGAGAUUUCCUAAUAAUUUGUUGUUUACAAGUGCAUCUGGUGAGCUCUGGAAGAUGGUGCGGAUUGGUGGGCAGCCUCUUGGCUUUGAUGAAUGUGGAAUUGUUGCUCAGAUUUCUGAGCCUUUGGCCGCAGCUGACAUCCCAGCCUACUACAUCAGUACUUUUAAGUUUGAUCACGCGUUGGUACCUGAAGAAAAUAUAAACGGUGUGGUCAAUGCACUCCAAGUCAGUCAAGCUGAAAAGCAUUAGAGAUCUUCUGAGCUGGUUCCAGAUGCUUUUUAUUAUUAUUAUAAUUAUUAUUAUUAUUAUAAUUAUUAUUAUUAUUCUUUUUUUCUCACAGUAUUUCUUGAAAAAUCUGAUUCCAGAGAGUGACAUGAAAAGAGACUGUGGAAGGUUGAGCAGAACAGCUCCAAUAAGCCUUGGGUUUAAUUAUUAAUAUUGUUAUUUUAUUAAAUCUACGAAUGAGGGGCAGGAGGAAGGGGAGGUGAGAUGCUUUCCUGAUGGUCCUCUCCAAGGUGAGGUGUAACCUGCCUGUGUUCUUGGGGUGGAAGGAGCUGCCUGGGGACACAGUCUCCCCCCACGGGUGCUCUGCUCGGCUGGGAUGGACAAGCCCUUGCUUAGAGAGAGCCCCGAGAACCUUAAAUCCAACGACAUGUGGAAUUAAACAGAAAAGAUGUUGCAUAGUACUGGCUUGUCUCCUCGCAUCAGACUUCCUGAGGACUGUUCCUCAUUGCCUGCCUUGAGAUAGGGAUGGGAAUCGGGUUCUGUUUCCCCUGACAAAACUGUUUGGUGUUGGAAAAGGGGAAGGUAUCAGGUUGUUUGGAUUUUCCCCUUUUCCCUGUCUCCCUGCAGUCAAAGCCUGGCUGCUCUGGGAAAGCCUGGGCAUGGGGAGCAUUGCUUUGACCCACCUUCAGGUGGGGACACCGAGACUUCCAUCUGUAUUGAAACGUGGCCAUUUUAGCUCAGAUUUCCCCCAUCACCUUCCCCUUUCCCCCAGUGUCCUCCUGCCAUGUCCUCUGCCCCAGGACAGCUGCUGUCCCCUCAUCCUCACAUCAGAGCCAUCCUCUUGUCCCCCAGGGCCAGCAAGACAAGGGAGGCAUCUUUCCUCCUGUCUCCUCAGGCUUUUUCCCAUCCACGUUGUACAUGGGCACAUGAAGGAUUGCC